GCUGCGUUCCUUGUUCUUACCUGUGAUGAAAGAAUGAAGGCUCUUCUUUUCAUCACAUUCAGCUGCAUCUCAGCUGUGUGCUUGGAGGCCUCAGAUGUGCUGGAAGUAAGCGGCCGUGUUGAUGGCGAGAUCUCCAUCCCCUGUUUUGGUAGCUGGGCUGCAAACAGCAGCUCCGAACACAGCAGAAUGUAUUUCUGCCGAGAAGUCUGCUCCCGGGAAAGCACUCUUAUUGAGACGGAGAUGAAGACGUCUGAUGUGAAACUGCGAGGAAGAUACAUUAUGGAGUUUGACAAAGGAGAAGGAGUCUUCACAGUAACAAUAACAAGGCUGAGGAGGGCAGACACCGGGAGAUAUGUCUGUGGAGUGGAGAGGUCAUUUAACUUGUUGUACCAAGAAGUCAAUCUCAGAGUUCUAGAUGAUGCCACUGUUCCUCAUGGACUCCCUCCAUCCAUGAAUAUCACCCUGCAGACAGAGGAAGCAACUCCACCCCAGGGCAGCGUUCCAUUCAGCUCUGAAUCAUCACCAACGGCAUUCACCCUGUCUCCAGCAGAGAAGAAAAAAACUCAGCAAGAAGGAACCAACCUCACAGACACCACAGUGGUCAUUAUUGUCUCGGGAAGCCUGGCUUUUCUAGUUUGUGCCAUUAUACCACUCAUAUUCUACAGACACUGGCGGAGUAAUGAAGGUCAAGACAGACCAGCAGGAAACAAAGCCGAGGGGGAGGAAAAUGCAAACAUGGAAUCAUCUCAGGUUGCAGUGGGGCUGCAGUCUAUGGAACUAGAGGCUCAUCCAGAACCCAGUCCUGAUGACAACUUCCAAUAUGCUGCCUGCUAUGAGGCAUUGGAUCCCCAAACCCUGGACUGA